AUGCCACCAAGACGCAACGCAUCCCGAGCUGCUAGUGCUGCAUCCACAGCCAAGGAGAGCAAUGGAGCUGGACCCUCAACCCCCUCGACUUCCAAGGCAAAGGCAGCCGCGUCACCUCAUGGCCAGACGAAGCGCAAGGCAGCUGACAAGGAGCAGCCCAAGGCAGAGGAGCUCGUUAAAAAUGACGAGGGCAAGGAGUCGCCCCCAGCGAAGCAAAAGAAGCCCCGUACUUCCAAGGCCAAAGCAGACGCUGCCCCCAACGCCGGCGGUCUCCCUGACUCGCCCGCCGCACCUCGGGGUAAGGACGAUGAUAUUCUUGCCUACGAGGGAUGCCCAAAGACGGUCGAUAUUCCCAACCCGCUAUCCUUCUCUGAUGCUCCGCGAAAAGAGGGGACCGUACGCGUUGCGGCAUGGAAUAUCGUGUCACUCAAGAGUGCAGAGGGGAAGGGACUUAGCAGGUACAUCGAGGCAGAGGAUGCUGAUGUUCUCAUUCUCACCGAAACCAAAGUGAAUGAGCCUCCCACGUUCUUCCAAUCCACGCGCUACCCGCAUCAGGCCUGGGGAAUCGGCGCCACAAAAUCCUACGCAGGCGUAGCCGUCCUCUCCAAGAUCCCGCCCCUCGCCGUCCACAAGGGCCUUCCCGGUAUGAUCCCCGCAGACUACGAGACCAAGUCGCGCUGCCUGGUCGUCGAGUACCCCGGUUGCUUCCUUGUCGGGACGUACUGCGUGAACGCGGGGGAGGGGCUGAAGAGUAUGCCUGCCAAGCAAGGCUGGAACACUGCGCUGGCCAAGAGGAUCGCAGAAUUGGACGCCCAAAAGCCAGUGGUGUGGACGGGAGAUCUCAACGUGGUGUACGAUUCGUACGACCUUGCCCGUGCGAGUCAGAAGUGGAACAAGUCUGCCGGCUACACGCAGAUUGAGUGCGAUGCGCAUCGAGCCCUACUGGAGGGCAAGGCAACGGAGGGGGCAAAGCCGCUCGUCGACGUUUGGAGGGAGCACCACCCUGGUGCCAAGGGGCAUUUCACCUACUAUGGUUGGAGAGGGAUGUGCAGAGCCAAGGGGAUUGGCUGGCGCAUCGAUUCGUUCAUUGUCAGUGAGAGGGCCAAGGACAGAUGUACUGGGUGCGAAAUUAGGCAGGAGGUGUACGGGGCCAGCGAUCAUGUGCCUGUGUAUGCCGACUUGGAUGAGAAGUUGUUCAAGGGCGGCGAGUGA